AUGGCGAUCUCGACAGAACCAGCGAAUAAGAAAGUCAAGGUCAUGUCCGGGCAAGUAGAUGACCAGCUGGCUAUUGACACUAUUAGAACAAUAGCAGCUGAUAUGGUCCAAAAGGCCAAGUCGGGCCAUCCGGGCGCCCCAAUGGGGUGUGCCCCGAUGGGCCACGCCCUUUAUACUCACGUUAUGAGGUAUAACGCUGCUAACCCUCACUGGUGGAACAGAGAUCGAUUUGUUUUGUCCAACGGUCAUGCCUGUGCCCUGCAGUAUGUGCUUAUGCAUCUCGCUGGUUACAAGGAUGUUGGUCUUGAAGACCUUAAGAAUUUCCGUCAGUUGGGCUCGAGGACGGCAGGGCAUCCUGAGCGUGACCUGCUGGAAGGUGUGGAGGUCAGUACUGGCCCUCUUGGGCAGGGCAUCUGUAAUGCUGUUGGCCUUGCUAUUGCUGGGGCCCAUCUUGCGGCUACCUACAACCAAGAUGGAUAUGAGCUCUUCAGCAAUUACACUUAUGUUAUUUGUGGUGACGGUUGCCUUGAGGAAGGGGUCAGCUCGGAGGCUUGUGCCCUUGCGGGCCAUCUUGGGCUUGGGCAUCUCAUCGUGCUUUAUGACGAUAAUAAGAUUACUAUUGACGGUAGUACUGACCUUGCAUUUACUGAGGAUGUUAGUAAAAGGUUUGAGGGUAUGCAUUGGCAGGUCUUGGAGGUGGCCCGAGGGGAUAGCGAUGUGGCUGAUAUAAUAGCAAAGGUUGAGGAAGCUAAGAAGUGUACUGAUAAACCUACUAUCAUCAAGGUGCAUACGACUAUAGGGUACGGCUCGGCAAAGCAGGGCACUGCUAAGGUCCAUGGGGCCCCUUUGGGUGACGAGGACCUGGCCAGUGUUAAGAAGAAGUUUGGUUUCGAUCCUGAGAAGUUCUUUGAGAUCCCCACUGAGGUGAGGAGUCUUUAUAAGGAUGCUCUGGCUCGUGGUCAACAGGCCAAUAAGGAGUGGGAUGCCCUCUUUGUCGAGUAUGGUAAGGCCUUUCCUAGGGAGCAUGCCGAGUUGACCAGGCGUGCUAAAGGUGCUCUCCCUCAUGAACUGGAGAGCUUCCUCCCGAAGUACCAGCCUGGUGAUAAGGCGAAGGCUACUCGUGUGACCAGUGGGGAGGUCCUUGCUGCCCUUAUGGAGCACCUGCCUGAAGUCGUCGGAGGUUCGGCAGACCUUACAGCUUCUAAUAUGACUAAUAUGGGCAACGUGCCCAUCAUGCAAAAGGACGCUAUGCAGAAUCGUUAUAUCGAGUUUGGGGUCCGCGAGCAUGGUAUGGCUGCUAUCCUCAAUGGUAUGCACGCCUAUGGUGGUUUCCUGCCCUUUGGGGCCACCUUUGUCAACUUCAUCGGGUACUGUUGGGGGGCUAUGAGGCUCUCUUGCCUCUCGGAGCAGCAAGUACUGUAUGUGAUGACCCACGACUCGAUUGAUCUCGGGGAGGAUGGCCCUACUCAUCAGCCUAUUGAGGUCCUGCCCUUGCUGCGAGCAACUCCUAAUAUGAAUACAAUAAGACCAUGUGAUGGCCGAGAGACUGUGGGUGCCUACAAGUCUUAUCUGGCCAAUAGGACCGGUCCGACUACCCUUAUCCUUAGCCGGUCUGGAUUGCCUACCUUUGAACAUUCCUCAGUUGAAGGGACUAUGAAGGGUGCUUAUGUUAUUGAUGAUUUCACUGGGAAGGGCGACGGAAAGGUUAUCAUCAUUGCUAGUGGCACGGAGGUCCUUCAGGCGGUAGAGGCUAAGAAGCUGCUAUCACAGGAAGGCGAGGUUGAUGUUCGGGUGGUUUCUAUGCCCUCCUGGAAUCUCUUCGAGAGGCAAAGCGACGAGUAUAAGAAGAGUGUUUUCCCACAAGGUGUGAAACGGUUGAUGGUUGAGGCCAGCAGCCCUCUGGGGUUCGAAAGGUAUGCGGAGGGCUGGAUCGCCAUGGACACCUUUGGGGCAUCUGGGCCUGCGAGUAAAGUGAAGGCUCAGUUUGGUUUUACGGCUGAUAAUAUCUAUAUCAAGGCUAAGAGGCUUGCCGCCUCCUCCUCCUAG